AGAUUUUUGUGCAGUUACAUUUUUAAAGUUGGCUUCUCUACUAAGGCUUAGAAAGCAAAAUUGUUGUCAUGCAGAUCCAGACUCUCGGGUGCUUUGAUGCAUCCGACUAUAACAAAUGAGCUAUCCCUGAGGGCUAAACUAUACAGUCGACAACAGACCCAGUUCUGGCAGCCUUGAUUUCUACUGACCAGAACUAAAGCACUGACAGGUGAGAAGGACGUAAUCUGUAGCAGAGAAGCAGAAGACAGAAAGAACUUCCUUCACUCUCUCCUUGUUGCCUUCGCUUUCACCUCCGUCCUUGUAGGACCACUUCCCGCUCUACUUUUGCUGUACACCUAAAAAUGUAGUGUGCAAAGGACACACACAUUUGCAGUCAAGUGUUGAACGGAUACUUAGAAUUUGCAGCCUAAGUGAAGCAAGUCUAAACAGAAGCAAGUCGUAUUGAAUUCUAUUGGGCUUACGUCCCAGCUCUAUAAAAUGAAUGUGAUGAUGAUUCGGUGGCUGCUGCUACUACUACUCCUGAAACCCUUUUGUUCUCCUGCACCUCGGCUUCUGGAAAGGGAUGACUGCCUGGUAGAAAACAGCAAACUACAGCAGAAGCUAAAAACACUCCAAGAUUUAUCCCAGCUAUAUGCACUGCAGCUGAAAGACCUUCAGGGGAACAACUACCACAGACAAAAGAGCAAGGUUUUCUCUGCCAUGAGGACCACACAGCUGGACAUGCUUUUGCCCUCAAGGAGUGGAAGUCUCUUAGUCUAUAACCAAGAUUGCGCAAUGGUAUUUAACAGCGGAAAGACGGAGAGUGGAUACUACCGAAUUAGGCCUAGAGCAGACAGAGAACCUUUCCUUGCCUUCUGUGACAUGUCAGACGGAGGAGGGUGGACUGUGAUCCAACGGCGCAGAAACGGAAAAGAGAAUUUCUACAGAAAUUGGGAUGAUUACAAAGAAGGGUUUGGACAGUUCCAGAGCAAGGGUGAUGAGUAUUGGCUGGGUAAUGAUAAAAUACAUGAUCUACUACUUGAAGGAGAAAACUCAUUGAAAAUUGACCUGAUGGACUGGAAUGGGGAGAGACGAUAUGCAAUUUAUGAUAAUUUCCAGAUCAAGAAUGAGAGUAACAAUUACCAGAUGGGCUUCGGCACCUUUUCUGGGACUGCUGGGGAUGCUUUGUCUGGAGGGAGCAACUUUGAGACCCAGUGGUCUGCGUCGCUCAAUGGGAUGCCAUUCUCUGCUCCUGACAGGGACAAUGACCGGUUCUUAACAGGGAGCUGUGCAGAAGAGAACAAAUGUGGCUGGUGGUUUAACAGAUGCCAUGCAGCAAAUCUCAACGGGCAAUAUCACAAAAAUGGGAAAUACUCUGGCCCCUUGGACAACGGAGUGGUUUGGUCAACAUGGCGUGGGCUGUGGUAUUCCCUGAAACACACAGCCAUGAAAAUCAGGCCUACGUCCUUUGUGGAUGGAGAGAGUGGAGAUGGAGAAGCCAACUAACACGCCCCAACUAUGCAUCUGAGGAAAAGAAAAAUAUGACGGAUUUGAGGGGUUUAUAUAUACUGUCUUCAGCCUAAGUCAUCUUAUUCACAACAAUGGGGCAGGGGGCCUUCUUGGUAGUGACACCUUCCCUGU